AUGAGAACUCAAUGCCGUAGUUGCCGUUUCCAAAAAUGCUUGGAGGCUGGAAUGAAACCGGAAGCUUGUCGACCAAACCGAGACUACACCGGCAGGCAAAAGAAGAAAGCGCUCGCGAUGCCGAAAGAAUCGGGCGACACGAAUAUGGACGCGUCACACCUGUAUCCGCUUCGCGUGAACACCUUACGAGAAAUCAUCGACGAUCCAAGCAAGCUGAAAGGUAAACGAUCAGAGAUGCGCUACGAACCGUUCCGUUUGGCGAAGAAUGACGAAUUGUCGUCAGUAGCUUAUCGUCGCCUCAUUGCUGCGAUUGACUGGGUCGAACAUCUGGCGAGCCUAAUGGGAGGAUUAAGCGUCGACGACAAGAUGCGCUACGAACCGUUCCGUUUGGCGAAGAAUGACGAAUUGUCGUCAGUAGCUUAUCGUCGCCUCAUUGCUGCGAUUGACUGGGUCGAACAUCUGGCGAGCCUAAUGGGAGGAUUAAGCGUCGACGACAAGAUUGCUCUGGUGAAAAACGCAUUCGCUCCAUUGAUGGUGUUCAAGUUCGCCUCCAGAACAGCUGAAGUGGCUAAAGACGAAAACAUCCUCUGUCUUUGCAACUUCGCUUACGUACCAAGGAACAUCUCGCAAGCUUUUUCCGACAGUUAG